AACAGCUGUUUCUCAGUCAGAGGGUUUCAUUUUUAACAAACAUGAGGGCAGCGCUUUGAGAUGCUUCGUAGAUUACGACUUUAAUUUCUGUCAUUAAAGACUGCAGUACAUAUCUGCUACAUCAGCAUCCCUAUGGCCGAGAUGAUGUCUGCGUUACUUGUGACCAUCAUGUCUUCAUCUCUCCUCUGCACCGGCUUUGCUCUCAGCUCUCGUUUCGACUCAGAUGGCGCCACACUGAGCGGGCUGUCCUGGUCGUCCUCCCUGACCGUGGUGGCCGUCUCCUUGUCUGGGAUCUUCACCUUCGUCUUCCUCAUGCUGGCCUGUGUCUGCUGCAAGAAGGGCCGCACAGGCUUCAAGGAGUUUGAGAAUGCUGAUGAGGAGACCCAGGUGGACAUGUCCCGUCUGCUGUCGCCCGCCUCCCAGGGGGUGCCCGAGGUCUACGUCCUGCCCCUCACAGAGGUGUCACUGCCCGUUGCCCAGCAACCACGACGUUCAGUCCAGCUCCUGAGGUCCUCAGACCUGGGUCGACACAGCCUCCUGUACCUGAAAGAGAUCGGCCACGGCUGGUUCGGGAAGGUUCUUCUGGGGGAGGUGGACAUGGAGAUAAGCACCUCCCAGGUGGUGGUGAAGGAGCUCAAGGCCAGCGCCAGCGUCCAAGACCAGAUGCACUUCCUAGAGGAGGCCCAGGCAUACCGUACCCUCCAGCACCCUGCCCUCAUGCGGUGCCUGGCGCAGUGUACCGAGGUCACGCCCUACCUGCUGGUGAUGGAGUUAUGUCCCCUGGGGGAUGUGAAAGGGUACCUCCGCAGCUGCAGAGCUGCAGACACCCUGACCCCGGAGCCCCUGCUCCUGCAGAGGAUGGCCUGCGACGUGGCCUCAGGCCUCCUGCACCUGCACAAACACAACUUCGUCCACGGUGACCUGGCCCUGAGGAACUGUCUCCUUGCUGCUGAUGUCACGGUGAAGAUUGGAGAUUAUGGCCUGUCCCACAGCAAGUCGCAGGAUGACUAUUACGUGACGUCAGAUCAGAUGUAUGUGCCCCUACGUUGGGUGGCCCCAGAGCUGAUAGACGAGGUCCACGGGAACCUGCUGGUGGCAGACCAGACCAUGCAGAGCAACAUCUGGUCUCUAGGGGUGACGAUCUGGGAGCUGUUUGAGCUGGGGAACCAGCCGUACGGACACUACUCUGACAGACAGGUCCUGACCUAUGCCUUGAGGGAGCAGCAGCUGCGCCUGCCCAAGCCCCUGCUCACAGUGCCCUUGGCUGAGCGUUGGUAUGAGGUGAUGCAGUUCUGCUGGCUGCCUCCCGACCAGAGGCCCAACGCGGAGGAAGUCCACCUGCUCCUCAGCUACCUGUGCGCCAAGGGGGCAAGCGAGGCCGAGGAGGACUUUGAGAGGCGCUGGAACUCUCUCCGCCCCGGGGCCGGCCACAGCGGCCUCCACCAUCCCUCCUCCUCCUACCCCCUGCUGGAGCACUUCUCCACGGGGGACGGUUACCAGGGCGACGACAUCCUCACGGUGACGGAGACGAGCCACGGGCUCAACUUUGAGUACAAGUGGGAGCAGGCCCGAGCCGAGCCUCCCUUCCACGCCGCCUCCAGCGGGACCCUGGGCCAGGGUGACCCCCACUGCCAGGAUAUGUACUACCCCCCGGGGGGCAUGGUGGGGGGCUGCCCCAUGGAGGGGCUCUCCCUGGGGGUCUCGCCCUCCUACUACGAGCCCAAACAGCUGCACCCUCCCGGGGUCGUGCCCGUGCUGAGUGCCCACAGUCCCUCGGUGGGCAGCGAGUACUACAUCCGCAUCGAGGAGCCGGUGGACUGUAACAUCGACCUGGACCACACCAUGUGCUCCUACAGCCCGGACUACCAGGGCAGCAGCGGGAGCUUCCUGACCGGCAGUGCCGACUCGGGGGAAUGCAUGGCCUGCCCCCCGCUGGCCAAGCUGGACUCCUACUGGGCGGCCGACCUCCAUAAGACAGGGGGGUAUGACUCCGAUGCCAGCCCGGCCAUCUCCCUGACCAUGGAGCCCCUCCUGGGGCACGUGUCGGACGGCAGCCCCCUUAGACCCUGGGAGUCGGGUCACUACGUGUCCUAUAAGGACCGCGAUGGAGGAUACUACUACGAACACUCUCCCGCUCUGGGCCUGGACCAGCACUACCUGAUGGGGGGGGAGCCCUCGGAGCUCCAGGAGAGCUGGGGGUCCCGGAGCCUGCGGCAGGCCCUGGGGGAGCUGGAGAACCCCCUUGGGAUCUCCCCCUCUGGCGGCACCAGCCCUCAGCUGGGCUACGGGGACCCCUACCUGGAGACUAGCGGAGGGGGAGUCAUCGGGAAGAACGUGACAGGGGGCUACUACGACAUGAUGGGCUCUCUGAGGAAGACCAUGCCUGGCCACGCCCACUCGGUCAGCAUCAACAUGGACAAAGAGGCCGCCAUCUUCAUCGGCCACAAGGACAGCGACUCGGAGGACGAGGAUGAGGAAGACAUCUUCGUAGAGAGGCACAACUGCAACACCUGGCCCUCCAAACGCUCGGGGCACGGCGGCGGCCUGGGUCUGCCACGCCGGCGUGCCAGCGGCCGGCAGGACAGCUACGCAGACGCACACUACACCGUGCCCUCCACGGACAUCGAGGACUCCUGGCCUGAGCACAGCUUGGCUUUCCACUCUGCCCCCAAACCACUGCACUACCUGGAGGCCUCCACAAAAGACUCCAGCAGCUUAGGCCUGGGUAAACACUGCCCUCUGGUGCCUGCCGUCGACUGCAGCGCCUACAUCUACCUGUGCCACGAGGGCGAGGGGGAGGGGAAGGCCACGCUGCCAGGCGAGUGCUGCCACUCACAUUUUGUCGACCCGCUCACGGGGCUCGAGGUCCGCAACUACAGCCAUGACGACUACACCGCGGAUAAGAUCGUCGAGAUACCGAGCAACGACGAGGGUGUGAAUCUUUCUCCAGCUCCGGGGGGGCCGAUUGUGUCCAAACAAACCCUGACCAGGAAGGACGACCCUCCGUUUGACCUCCCAGAGAAGUACGUGGACGUGACUCCAGAUGACACCUCCAGCGCAGAGCAGAAAGGAGACGUUACCGAAAGAGACCCGAUCAUGGAGGAACUCACAGUGGAGGAGGAGGCUGUGACGAACGUAGCCCCUCCUUCUCCGGCCAACACGGCCGUCCCAUCGGCCACGGCCGAGCCUGACUGGGAGCUGAGUCAGACGGUGGAUAGCGGUGUGGACGGCUCCAGCGUCAGCCUGGUGGAUGUCCUCGACUGCAGCGACGCCGACGACGACGAUGACAUCACCGAUGACAUCACCGACGUCACCUCAGGGAUCUUCGCAGACGAGGCCGGCGACCUGAUCUCCUCGCCGGUGGCCUUGAAGCCCCUGCAGAAGCAGGGGGGGACCCCCGAUUCCAUGGACUCCAUGGACCUGCCUUCGGGGGCAGGCUCUUGCGAAGGGCUCAGCCCCGCAUCCUCACGGCCCUCCAGCUCGCCCAAGGCGGUGGAUAGCGGCUACGACACUGAGAACAACGAGAGCCCAGAGUUUGUCCCCAAAGAGCCCCACGAGCACAGGGACACUCUGACGAAGCCUCCCCUGGACAUCAGUGUCAUGGAGGAGGAGGAAGACGUGCAGGAGGGUGAGGCGGAGGUGGUGCCCAGUGACGGUGAGCCAACCCUGGGGGAGGAGGUGGCGGAGACAGACCCUCAGACUGGGGACCAGGCGUUAGUGUCACUCAGUGACAAAAACCCUUACAGAGACUCCGCCUACUUCUCUGACUAUGAGAACGAGAGACUGUCCAGGGACGAAGGAGAUGGACUGCUUUCAAAAGAAGAAGAAGAAGAGGAUAAGGGAGGUGAGGAGGACAGGAGAGAGGAGAGGCUGAUCGAGGAGGAAGAGAAGAUGGAGGAGAGAGAAGCCCGUCUGGAGGAGAACCAAUACAGCGACCCGGAGAUGAAAAGCGGGUCCCUUAAAAGGGUAGAGCUCUUUGACAGUGACGGCCCUUUCCCCGACUCAUCUCAAGUCAACUCCUAUCUCUCCUCCUCCCCUUUGGAGAGCGAGGGAUGUGUGAUGGAAGAGCGUGCCCAAGAUGAAGGGCUUGGGCUGGGAUUGGAGCUUCCCGGAGAGGAGGAAGGGCCUGAGUGCUCCAUUUCCAUGGGCGAGGCCGGCUUGGAAGAAUGGCCUUCCCAGGAGGAGAGCUCUUCUCUGGGGGACUGGGCAGCCGAGGUGGUGGGGGCCAUGGAGGAAGCACUGGGAGCUCUCAGUGGAGACCGCUGCACCCUCUUAAACAGCUCUACAGAACAGAAGGAUGGACAGGAGACGGAGGAGGGAGAGGAGGGAGAACAAGCCGAAAUGGAGGACCCCGAUGAAGCCUUAGUACCUGACAUGCUGGAGGACAAAGACGGCAGCGUAAUCAGCUCUUACGAGAUACCGAGUGACAGCUCAGAGACCGUGCUCAGAGAAGCAGACCACGACACACUGGCCACGCAUGGCUCACACCCCACCCCCACCUCUCUUCCCCCUCUCUCCUCCUCCUCUCCCCUUCGCCCCCCCCCGGGGGAAAGCCUCGAGGCUCGUCAGACGGCCGACGGGGGCGAGGAGGCGGAUGAGGAGGACGGCGACACGGACGACAGCGAGGAGUCGGACGAGGAGCUGCGUGUGUACAGGGUCCAGGAGCAGAGCGCCGGCGAGGAGAGCGAGGAGGAGGAGUUCCACCCGGUGCCCAUCGUGGUGAGCGACUGCAGCGACGCCCACAACCUGCGCAGCCUCCUCAAGAUGCCCGCCCUGCUGACCGACACGCUCUGCGACGACCUGGAGCGCAAGAGGAAGGUUGUGUCCUUCUUUGAUGACGUCACGGUCUACCUGUUCGACCAGGAGAGCCCUACCAAGGAGCUGGCAGAGCAGGUCUUCCCCCCUGUGGGGGGGUCCAGGGUGUCGGCUUCACAGGGCAGGUCUUCCCCCCCAGAGAGGGCCAGCCACACUUCUGACGACUCCUCGGAUGGUAACAUCUCUGAGGAGAGUGCAGGGUACGAAUGGGAGGAUGACUUCCCAUUGCUGCCUCUGCCCACAUCCAAGAUGGCCGACUCAGAUUCCCUUGUAUCCAAGCUCAGCUUGCCCCCCACCACCAAGGCUGCGGAGCCCAAGCAGGCGCAUUACUCUCGCUUCACCGUGUCUCCCUCCAGCGUCACUCGCUUCUCCAUCACACACGUGUCCGACUCGGACAUGGACACCGCUGGUGGGAGCAGUGAGGAAGGGGAGAGGGAGUAGAUUGACUCUUUCAUCCAGGAAGUACAUCCAGGAAGUACAUCCAGGAAGUACAUCACACUCCAGAGUCUGGACCCACCCCUCUAAGAAGAUCUGUUGUAUUUGUGCUUUUGGGACGUCAGGUUUUUGAACACUAAGACAGUGCUUCUUAUCUUGUCCAGACAAUUUGAGAAUGGAGUUCCUCUAGUCACUCCGAAAGACAACAGAUUUAAAAAGAAAAAAAAGAAGAAAAAAAAGAAACAACAUAAUACUCAAGAGUAAUAUAUGUUGCAAAGACCUUGAAUGCAGGAUGAAAAUCUUUAUCAUUGCAUCUGACAUAUUUUUGGUAAGGGAGAGAAAAAAAGGACAAUGUUUGGAACGUAUCACUAGUUUACCACCGUGUUCACCUCUCAUCUGUAAUCUAUUUAAGUAGAAUGAAGAAACCAGCAUGGCGUAAGCUGCUGGUGACAGAAUAACACCAUGGACACCACAUUGAGAGGGGAGAAGAGAGAGAUGGGAGAGAGGAUCGACCCACUCCCUUUCCCGCUCCUUAUCAGAGGAUUCGUUCUAGAACUUCUGACUGUACCAAGGACUUAGUUGGAAGAGAUAUUGCAUUGCCAUAAAUUAUAAAUGUAUCACAAGUAAUAUAAUGUUACAUGUUCAAACAGCUCUGGAUCAAGUUAGGACACUGAGGUGAACAAACACACAGUUUAGGCCAUUCAGAACUACUGUUUGUGUGAAAGUGGUUGAGGUUCUGUAACAUUUUGUGGUUCCACGAGUGGAACUCUACUGCACCAUAUGUUUGGACUGUAUCACAGUCACCAGAACCAGGCUCCUGUCUAGCCCCUGUCAGAGCCACAGGCUCUGGCCCCUGUGUACAUACCGUGGCAUACAUGUGAACACUUGAGAGCUGUAUCAACAUGUCUAUGAGUCUUGCAUUCACGUACGUGUCACUGUGGGCUCGAGAAGCAUAUCGUAUUGCCAUGCGUCCUCAACAUAUCGCUCUUCUUUUCUCUGGCUGGUCACGUUUGAAGCCGAGCGGGGAUUCGAAGCCUGUUUCUAUUCCUUGUGUAAAGCUCAACACCUCAUCACAUGCUGUAUACUGGCUGUACACAUUUUGGCCGCAUGGUUUUACUGUGAUCCAAGUCAUAUUUGGACUAUUGUGCAGUUCAUAUUCAGACAAAAAUAUUUGUCUUUUCACAAGAGCAGUUUCAGUUCAGAAGUAUUAAGAACAAGCUAGAUAAUACACUGAUACAGUAGCAUAUUUUAUAGUAAAUCCUUUGGUGAAAUCACUUUCAAGAUAUCAAGAUGCAAUUGGAUGAAGGCAGGAAUAAAUGUGUGAUUUUAAGGUGGUCGUCUUUAGUAUGUUUAGUUUCAUGCAAAAACCAGAUUAAAACCCCCAAAAAUUACUUACUGAGAAUAAGCAGACGUUUGAUACAUUUUCACAGCAGAACUAUUUCUGAUGUCUCAAAGUACGCUGUAUGUUCAGCUAGGGAUGGUAUUAUAUCAUUGUGGGUUAGUUCUAUGAUUUCAAACAUACUGGACUAUAGACUUCCCAGUUUCCUCAUGUGUGUAGAACGUGAAUGGUUCAAAAGGAACAAACGAUUUUAGCUUAGCAUAGUUUAACAGCACUAUUCAAGCCUGUUAGUCACUGGACCAGGGUGCCAAGCCAACAGACCCACACGAAAGCAGAAAGUAAGUUAUUUAUUUGUCUUCGGGAGCUUUAUCAUGUUCUGUAAUAGUUUAGUAAUAGUCCCAUCUAAACAGUUGUCUGUACUAUUUUUGUAAAUCCAAAAAGUAUUUUAAGAAUAUCUGGUGACAUGUAGAGGGUGUGAGUGAAAGGAACCGUUUGUGUUUAUUGUUGCCAAAGAUGCGUACGGACGUCAAGGGCAAACAACAAUGGAAGAUACUGGGGCGUUAACCCUUAACGGAGGUGAGCGGGAAGCAGAUUUGGCCUUGUACUGAUCGUGGAAUACGAACAGCACCACGUCUUAGGGAAUAAGUCUUUGGUAAUAUGUGCCCCCAUGCUGACUCGGCACAUAAUUACUUUCUCUACCUUACUGUAUAUGAAAUAUAAAUAAAGUCUGUUUUACACGUUA